AAAUUAACGUCCCUCUUUCUAUGUAUGAUAAACAUGAUUGGAGAGAAACAACCAUCUCCGGCAUCAAUCACGGCAAAGCUAGACCGGACACUCCAUGCAAUUGGCUUCCAAUAUGAGCUCGUCUCACCAGAGAGAAUCGUUGGACGUCUACUAGUCACUGAGACUUGUUGCCAGCCAUUUGACGUGCUGAGUGGAGGAGUAUCAGCUCUGAUGGCCGAGUCCAUGGCCAGCUUAGGAGCCUAUGUAUCGUCCGGCUUUAAAAGGGUCGCCGGUGUUCAGCUUGCUACCAACCAUCUCAGGGCAGUUUUGCUUGCCGACGUUGUGGAAGCCGAGGCCAGGCCUAUCCAAGCAGGCAAAACCAUUCAGUAUCUUUUACCACAGCAACUCAAGACAUUAAACACAAAUGGAAUUACAACAAAUUUCAUUUGGAAGUUGUUUUAAGGGAUCAAAUCAAUCAAUUCAAAUAUGCAAAUUCUCUGUUUAUAAGGUAUGGGAGGUUCAUAUUUGGAAGAUUGAACCUACAACAGCAGUGAAGAAAGUAUUGGUAUCAACAUCCAGGGUUACUCUACUAUGCAACAGACAAGCACCAGAGGAUCUCAAAGGAUAUGAACAGACAGUCAAGAGUUUUG